AUGGAAGAAAAACAAAAGAAACCUUCGCCGGUUCAUCAUAUAGAAGCAAUAUUUCAGUGUGAAAUAUGUGGAUUCAUUUGUAGUAAUAAAAAUAGUUUAAAAAACCAUUCAAUUUGCCAUUCAAACGUGAAACCCCAUGUAUGCGAAACUUGUGGUGAAGCUUUCAAAAGAAGAGACGUAUUAAAAAGACAUAUACUCAUUCAUAUAAAGGAAAAACCUUGUGUAUGUCAAAUCUGCAGAAAAGAUUUCAGUCAUGGAAAGGCCUUAAAGAAACAUUUACGUACUCAUACAACAGAUAUAGCUUAUGUCUGUGAUGUUUGUGGAAAUAAAUUCACUGAAAUGAUUGAUUUAAAGGAACAUUUACGUACACAUAGAAAAGGAAAACCUUAUGUCUGUGAAGAGUGUGGUAAUAAAUUCAGUAAUAAAUCUAAUUUGAGAAGACAUCUACGGAUGCAUACAAAUGAAAAGCCCUAUGUCUGUGAAGAGUGUGGUAAUAAAUUCAGUGAUAAAUCUAAUUUGAGAAGACAUCUACGGAUGCAUACAAAUGAAAAGCCCUAUGUCUGUGAAGAGUGUGGUAAUAAAUUCAGUGAUAAAUCUAAUUUGAGAAGACAUCUACGGAUGCAUACAAAUGAAAAGCCCUAUGUCUGUGAAGAGUGUGGUAAUAAAUUCAGUGAUAAAUCUUAUUUGAGAAGACAUCUACGGAUGCAUACAAAUGAAAAGCCCUAUGUCUGUGAAGAGUGUGGUAAUAAAUUCAGUGAUAAAUCUAAUUUGAGAAGACAUCUACGGAUGCAUACAAAUGAAAAGCCCUAUGUCUGUGAAGUCUGUACUAAAGCAUUCAAUCGAAGGAGCUAUUUAGCAAAUCAUUUGCUUACUCAUUCAAAAGAUAAACCUCAUGUCUGUGAAGUGUGUGAAAGGGCAUUCAGCAGGAGAGAUACUUUAACAAGACAUUUACGUACUCAUCCGCAAGGAGAAAUUUGACUUUCAACGAAACCUUAUUGAAUAGAAGUUAUUUUAAAUUUAUAUCUUCGUAAAAUAUAAAAAGAUUCUUAUAUCUAUUAAUUCUAUGGAAAUGAUUUUAGUGCAAAAUUAAGUAUGUGUACCCAUUGAGCCUGAAAAUUUAAAUAUUGUGAAAUCUAAACUAGAAUAUGUAGAAGGAAUUUCUUAGAAACUAGUAAAUGCAGAAGGAAUUGGUUAUAAAUUUCAUGGUGUGUAUAAAUAUGUGUAUAAAUAUCUAUGUAUUAAUCAUCAUAUUCUUAUUUGAUGUCGGAAAAGAGAUUUAAUUGAUUUAUAACCGGAACUGAAUUUAUAAUAGUUAUCUACAAUCUGACUUUUUUGAAAAAGGAAAAUUGGAAAUUAACUAAAAAUUCAUUCUUUGGCACAAAUUAAUCAUGGUCAAUGAUAGCUGGACAUUUUAAAGCAAAGGCUACGUUACUUUCUAUUUGGGCUAUGGAAAUGAACGAAGUGAGUCCAAUAUCCAGUACAGAAGUUAUUUUUUCCCACCCAAUUAUUAGAUAUUGUUAGUUAUAUGCUACAGAUAUUUAAUCAGUUUAUAUUCAUUUGAAACCCAGCGGCCAUUGCAGAAGCAACGAAAUCCUCUAUGAUGUUAGUUUUGUUGUCAUCAAUUCAUCAUUCCACGCAUUCUUCCUAAGAUGCCAUCUUUCAUCUGGGCGAUAUCUCUACAUCAUGUCUGGUGGACUACCUGGAGUAACACCUGUUGGAAGUUGAUUGUUUCGUUCAGUUUCAGUGCAGAUCCCAUAAACAACAGACAUAUUUUCAAGCCCGACAACCAAUUAAAGUUAAUUUUCAACGAGAAUACUUUAAGGAAAGCUCAAAAUUACUUCAUAUUUCACUCGGUCAAAUGUUUUAAAGACUGAAGAGGACAAAUUGUGUCCCCUGUUAAAUGCCAUCAUAUUUCUUAUUACCAAAUAUAUGUUAGUAUGUGACCUUUUUAAGAUGAUUCACUUUUAACUUUAUGCUACUUUUUAAAAAUAUAAUCUUC